AUGGAGAUCUGCCGUGCCGAUGUAAAGUGGGCCAUAGCCAACGCCAAAGGCUACCGCUAUGGAGCACACAGAGAGACAGAUCAGGUCCGUGACCAAGGGAAGUACGCCGAGAAAACGAAGAAGAAUCACAACGCGACACUCGAGCGCUACCUGCCAUGGCAUCUCGGUAGAUUGCGAUAUGACGCCGUCCAGUGUGAGCAGCCGAUUCACCUCGACCCCGAUUCUCCUCUUUUAUCUCCCCCAUGUGAAUUGGCCACGUUGGACAUCAACGACAAAGGAUCCGAUCUCGACCCAACUGAUGACCCUCUUCUCCUGGAUGACACAUCAACUCACAUUGCCGACAGCGACAGCAAUGCCCUUCCAGUUUAUUCGCUCGCCUCCCCCGUCGGAUUCGGCGAUGGGAGGAAGCGACUACAGUGGCGAGACAGUGGUCGCCAGUGA